AUGGAAAACUACCAGAAGAUCGAGAAGAUCGGAGAGGGAACAUACGGUGUGGUCUACAAGGCCCGCGACCUGUCCAACCAUGGUCGGAUCGUUGCUCUCAAGAAGAUCCGGCUGGAGGCCGAGGAUGAGGGUGUCCCGAGCACCGCAAUCAGAGAAAUAUCCCUACUCAAAGAGAUGCACGACCCAAACAUCGUCCGGCUAUUCAACAUCGUUCACGCCGACGGACACAAGCUCUACCUCGUUUUCGAGUUCCUCGACCUCGACCUGAAGAAAUACAUGGAGGCGUUGCCUGUGAGCGAAGGUGGACGAGGGAAAGCUUUGCCGGAUGGUUCGCUGGAAAUGGGAAGACUCGGCCUGGGCGAGGCCAUGGUGAAGAAGUUCAUGGCCCAGCUCGUGGAAGGUGUACGGUACUGCCACACUCAUCGCGUACUACAUCGUGAUCUGAAGCCUCAAAACUUGCUUAUCGACCGGGAUGGCAACCUCAAGCUUGCUGAUUUUGGACUUGCGAGAGCGUUUGGUGUGCCCCUGAGGACUUAUACACAUGAGGUUGUUACUCUCUGGUACCGUGCUCCCGAGAUUCUUCUAGGCGGUCGUCAGUACUCUACUGGUGUCGAUAUGUGGUCUAUCGGUGCCAUAUUCGCUGAGAUGUGUACCCGUCGACCCCUUUUCCCCGGUGACUCAGAAAUUGACGAAAUAUUCAAGAUUUUCAAACUCCGAGGCACUCCCGACGAACGCAUCUGGCCCGGCGUCACAUCAUUCCCGGACUUUAAGACCUCGUUCCCCAAGUGGAAACGCGAAGACAUCCACAAACUAGUUCCUGGCCUGGAAGAAAACGGCCUCGCUCUGCUAGACGCCAUGCUAGAAUACGAUCCCGCCCGCCGAAUCUCGGCCAAACAGGCCUGUGUUCAUCCUUACUUCCAGGCUUGCAGUUCUGCGUAUUCGGGCCGUGGUCGAACGCCAGUAUACCAAUGA